AUGUUUUGCAACAUCCUGUUCGCCAAUAAAUCAAUUAAGUUAUUCACGGAUAUCUCUCAAAAUAAAAAUGAAACACCAGUUCAACCUGUUAUUUGUUUUCCUAAAACAAAUGGACGUCGAUUUAAUUCAAAUUUGUAUGAACAUUUUAAAUGGCUUGAAUACUCAGUAUUAAAAAAUAAAUUGUACUGCUUUUGUUGUCGUCAUUUUGGAGCUGGAUUAUUGCAGAGAGGACAGUCUUAUGGUGAAACGGCAUUUGAUGAUUUAAGCAAAAAUAAAUCGAUUGCUAAUUUGGUAAAUUUUCAAAGGGAAACUGAAGUUAUAGAAAAUCGAAAACAUAUUUAUUUUUCGUUAAAAGCAACAAUAUUCCUUUGUAAACAAGGUCUUGUCUUCAGAGGUCAUGAUGAAUCAUUAGAAUCAACUAAUAGAGGAAAUUUCGUAGAACUUAUAGAUUCAUUUGCUGAUGAAAACUUAAAACUUAAUCUGAGUCGUAGAUAUGGUCAUUAUACAUCACCUUAUUACCAAAAUGAUUUUAUUUCUAUUGUUGCACAGAGCAUACGAAAAAAUAUUUUAUCAACAAUGACAAACUUAGGAACAUACACUAUCUUAGUUGAUGAAACUAAAGAUGCAUCACACAAGGAACAAUUAAGCUUCAUCAUACGAUUUGUUGAUAAAAAUUACAAAAUAAAUGAAAGAUCCAUAGGCUGUUACCACAUGAGCAUUUCAGAUGCCGAAACCUUCGCAAAUGAAAUUAUCAACAUUACAUGUAGUCAAAAACUAGAUAUUAAAAACUGUAUUUCUCAAUGUUAUGAUGGUGCAGUAGUCAUGAGCGGAAAAUUCUCAGGUGUACAAUCUAGAAUUCAAGAAAUUGUACCCCAUGCUAUUUACAUACAUUGUUUUGCUCAUCGUCAAACAAGGUAUGAGUUAUUUGAAAAAAUUCAAAAAAAAAAAAAAAAUUUAGAAAUACUUCAUUUAGAAAGAUUAGUAAAUACAAGGUGGUCAUACUGGUAUACAUUAAUAAAAAAAGUAAAACUUAGAUUUACAGAAAUCAAAGAAGUACUUGAAAUAUUAGCAGACACAUCCACUGAUGAAAGUGAUGAAGCUACAAGAACUACAUCGCAUGGCCUUGUAUGGCAAAUAUCCACCAUAGAAUUCAUCACAUUACUGUGUGUAAUUGAAAAUUUACUUGAAAAAAUUCACUGUGUUUCAUGUGAGUUACAAUCAGAUAAAAUUGUACUACAAAAUGCAAUUGAACUCAUACAAUCAACCAAAAAUGAACUUCUCAAUAAUAGAAAUGAAGACAGUUGGAAUUUACUUCAAGAGAAAAGCAUAAAUAUUGCACUACAAAAUAACAUUACUUUAAAAAAUAAAAGAAAUAUUCGAAGUGGUAAAGUUAGCAAAAAGUUGGAUGAUUACUAUGUUCUAACAACUGUGGGUAAAAAAACAGACAAUCCUCAGGCAAAUGAUUUAUUGAUGAUAGAUGUUUACUACACAGUAAUUGACAGUACUGUUUCUAAUGAACGCUUUUUUUCUACAUUGAAAAGAGUGAAAAAUUAUUUGCGCUUAACUAUGGGAGAUAAAAGGUUAAGUGAUUUAAUGGUAAUUGCAACUGAAAAGGAAGAAGUUGAUACAUUAGAUCUUAAUGAAGUAGUAGAUAGUUUUGCUAAAUUAAAAUCUAGAAGAUUUCCUUUAUUGUAA